ACUGCAGAAAUAUCCUCACUCUAGGCUCGGCGAGCGCGGUGCACGCUCCACACCAAGUUCUAGCAAACACACAAGCCAACGUCCUGAAAUCGGUAAACUGUCCCGGAGGGUCAUACAUCAAAUUUCACUGCUGUAAAGCUGCCACUCUUCAUAUUUCCACUGACCACUGGCUCGCACAAAAUCAUCUAUUAUUCUCUUCUUUUUUACUAAUCAACAAUGAACUACAGUGGUACAGGGAUAACCUCGGCUCCACCGAAGGGAGGAGGACUAAGGUCCCACAGACAGGGUCACCAUGAUAAGAAAGAAGAUGGCUCUCUUACCGACCAAUUUGUGGAACUUGUAUCCUCUGGACAGGAUGAACGCAACUGGCGAGGCAUCGGAAUUGCUCUACUAGUUAUACUAAUAGUGUGUGCUUUGAUAGUGACAGCCGUUGUUCUUCUAACACCUGGUGACGAAGAUUCCCUAGUCAACAAUGAAAGACUCAACUUGGUAGAGAUUUUCAACGGGAGCUUCUCACCAAGGAGAUAUAAUGGAUCGUGGUUAACGGAAAAAGAAUUCAUUUUCCGUGAUUCCAAUGGAGCCUUGGUUUUGUUCAAUGCUGAAAGUAUCAACUCCUCUGUUCUUAUGUCCAAUAUAACAUUUAGACAAUACAAUGUCAAGAAAUACCUUUUAUCACAAGACAGAAAAUAUGUUCUUCUUACAUACGACAUUACAAAGAUGUUAAAAAAAGACUACAAUAACAUAAAGAUACCAUCUUCAUGCAAAUUACAGCCGAGCUGUCACUGGAAACGAGUAUUCCCCCUUGAGAAUGAUGAAGAACUUCUCUAUGCAGGAUGGGGACCAGUUAAUAAUCAACUGGUAUUUGUUAAGAAUAACAACAUUUAUUAUGUACCAAAUGUGGGAGCUGACUGGAUACAAAUAACCAAUGAUGGCAAAGAAGGGGAAAUUUAUAAUGGAAUUCCUGACUGGGUUUAUGAAGAAGAAAUUUUGUUCACAAACAUUGCCAUCUGGUGGUCAGAAGAUGGAAAGAAACUUUGUUUUGCAACUUUUAAUGACAGUAACAUCCACGAAAUGAAAUAUCCAUUUUAUGGAAAUUUUGGUGAUGAAAAUAAUAUUUAUCCCAAAAUAAUAAACUUAAGAUAUCCCAAGCCAGGUACUCCUAACCCUGAAGUAACACUUCGGGUUGUGGAGCUAAGUGACAGUCUUGUUCGCCCAAGAGAUAUUAUGCUACCUCAGGAAAUGAAGGAUGUGGAACAUUACUUCACCCAAGUGACGUGGAUUGACAGUACUCGCCUAGCAGUGGUGUGGCUACGUAGAUCACAGAACUACUCUGUAAUCAGUAUAUGUGAAGAAGAUAAAGGUUGGCAGUGUACAAAAAACAUAGAAGAAACAAGCAGAACUGGUUGGGUUGAUAUUUAUGAACGUCUAAUAAUCAGUGAAGAUAAGAAGUCAUAUUUUUUGCGUCUACCAGUAAAUGAUGGUUCCAAUGGAAAAUUCCGUCACAUUAUCAAAGUUGACAUUCUGAAUCAACAGAAGACAACUCUUACCCAUGGAAGUUAUGAUGUGACUAAUAUUCUUUCUCAUAAAGAAGACAUGGAUACAGUAUAUUAUAUUACUACAUUGGAAGACAAACCUGGGGAAAGACAUGUUUUUAGUGUCAAAGUAAUGAGUGCAGCAGCUAAACAGAGGUCAGACAUGUGUUUAACAUGUGAUCUUGGAGAUCAGUGUUUGUACAACAGUGCCAUCUUCAGUCCUGGUGCUAAGUACUACAUCCUGGAAUGUUUAGGACCAGGAAUUCCAAGGACUGAGCUACGACAAGUAAAGGAAAAUAAAUUACUUUUAGUUUUAGAUAAUAAUGAUGAACUGAGAGAAUUAUAUGACCAGAGAGCAAUGCCUAAAAUUCGGACAUUCAAAGUUCCUGUGAGUAAUGGCUAUAGUGCUAUUGUGCGAUUGUUUCUUCCUCCUGAACUACGUGAUGAUGAAAUCACCAAGUACCCAAUGCUGGUCUAUGUCUAUGGUGGUCCUGGCAGCCAGCUUGUCACAGAGAAGUUUGGAGUAAAUUGGGGAACUUAUCUUGCCAGCCAAAAGAGUAUUAUAUAUGCAAUGAUUGAUGGUAGAGGAAGUGGGAACCGUGGUGAAAAUAUCUUGCAUGAAUUAUAUAAAAAUCUUGGAAGUGUAGAAAUACAAGAUCAAAUAAAUGUUGCAAGAUAUUUGAGGAAUGAUUUACCAUUUAUUGACAUGGAAAAAAUUGCAAUCUGGGGGUGGUCUUAUGGAGGAUAUGCCACAGCUAUGGCUCUUGCUGCCGAUACAGGUGUUUUUCAGUGUGGAAUGUCUGUAGCUCCUGUUACUAAUUGGCGUUACUAUGAUUCUGUUUAUACCGAACGUUACAUGAAACUUCCUAAGGAAAACUUCAUAGGUUAUGAGAAGUCUAACUUACUGAAGAAAGCUGGAAAUAUCAAGGGCAAAAAAUAUCUUUUGAUCCAUGGAACAAGUGAUGACAAUGUACAUAUCUUACAAUCUAUGAUGCUCAUGAAAGCUCUUUCUGAAAAAGGCGUGCUUUUCCAAACUCAGGUGUAUGUAGAUGAGAAUCACUUUCUUCCCCAUGUUAAGCUACAUCUGUAUAGAACUAUGGAAGCUUUCCUUGAUCGCUGUUUUAACCUGAGCUCCACAGAGGAAAUAGGUCUUCAGAAAACUGAUAAGAAAGGAAGAUAAUUCAAUUACAUCUUAAUAUUCAAUAUCUUUAAGCAUUCAAACCCUACUAGAGAAAAAAUCCAUCUCAGAUUAUCUUGUAUCUUUUCUUAAGUGAUCUUGGAAAUUUGCACAAUCAAAUGUUUCCCUCUUCUCAUCUUUUAAGACCAGAAAUUUUUCAAGUAAUAUAGAUCUUAGACUAAUCUUUUACUUUAUUACACUACAGUAUAGGAAAAUCUUGAAAUCUAAAAGUGUGCCAAAUUAUAUUAAUUGAUUCCACUUAGUAAAUUAGUAAUCAACAGAAACUGAAGAAAGACACUAGAAGCUCAUCCAGGAUCGAGGGAUACAACUUCAUGUUUUACCAUUCCCUUGGUAACAAGUCAUAUCCUCAUCUCUUUGUUUCAUCACUACAUAAUAUGUAAAUACUUAAACAAAUCACUUAAUAUAUAAGUCAUUGUUUGUUUUUCAGCCAUCAG